GGGGCAAAAAGGAGGCAGUUUUUUUCUCUCUUCCGCCCUUGGCCCCCCGCCUCUAUCUAUCAUCCAUCGUCUCCUUAAAAUCCGAUCCAUGGAUCGACCACGCCUUCCUCGCCCUCGCCCCCACUGCCUUUCUUGCGCGCCCACCCACCCGCCUCACUUGCAACCACUAAAGGACACAGCAAUUGCGAGUUCUUGGUGAGUGUUCAGCGGAGCUUGCAUCUCAUCUUGGGGACGCUCUUGAGUGCGUGCGAAGAAGCCGGCCGGAUCUUCUUCUUCGCGGGGUUUCAGAAGCAGUAAUUGUGAUCGAGAUUUGGAGUGAGAAUCUGAGGGAACUGACUCUGUGCGAGAUUUGGGGAUCUUGUUCUAGGAGGAUUAUCAGGAGUGGAGUUUUUCCUUCCUAGGGCUGUGAGCUCUCGGGCAUUGGCCGUCCGAUUCGUGUGUGGUCAGUUAUUAGUGGUUGUGCUUUUUCUUUUGCUGGGAUCGAGUGCCGUGGUUGGUUACUUCAGAAUUGUAUCAACUCUAUAGAUGUCUUUUCGAAGAAUGGUUCGUGAUUUCAGGGAGAGCUUUGGGAACUUAUCAAGGAGGAAUUUUGAAGUGAAAAUUUCAAGCAUCCCAGGCCUUUCGGGCCAUCUCAGAGGGAAAUCUCUUGAAUCUUCAAGUGAGCUGCAUGAUAGUCUUGUAGUAAUUCAGCAAAGCAGUUGGGCUAGCCUUCCUCCUGAAUUACUUCGGGAUGUGAUGAAAAGGUUGGAGGAGGACGAUAGCAAUUGGCCUUCCCGCAAGGAUGUUGUUGCUUGCGCUUCUGUUUGUACAACUUGGAGAGAGAUGUGCAAGGAUAUAGUGAGAAAUCCAGAAUUUUGUGGAAAGCUCACGUUUCCUGUAUCUCUUAAGCAGCCUGGGCCGCGAGAUGGAUUAAUCCAAUGUUUCAUAAAAAGGGACAAGUCAAAACUAACGUAUCACCUCUACUUGUCUCUUACCUCUGCUGUGCUCGAUGAUAAUGGGAAGUUCCUACUAUCAGCUAAAAGGAGUCGGCGGACCACGUACACAGACUACGCCAUUUCUAUGGAUUCUAAAAAUAUCUCCCGAUCAAGUAGUGGCUACAUUGGGAAGCUGAGGUCAAAUUUCCUCGGCACCAAAUUUAUCAUCUACGACACGCAGCCACCAUACAAUGCUGGGAAACUCUGCUCGCAGGAGCGGGCCAGCCGUCGGUUCUCCUCUAGGAAAGUUUCCCCAAAAGUUCCAACUGGUAGCUACCCCAUUGCUCAGGUGAACUACGAGCUGAAUGUGCUCGGCACCCGUGGGCCAAGGCGGAUGCAAUGCACUAUGCAUUCCAUCCCAAGAUCAGCAGUGGAUCCGGACGGCACUGUGCCUGGCCAACCUAAAGAGCUCCUUCCUCGUUUAUUCGAUGAGUCCUUCCGCACCACCACGAGUUCCUUCUCCAAGUACUCUGUUGCAGACCAUUCCACAGACUUUGGCAGCUCUCGCUUCUCCGAGUAUGGGGGAGGGGCGUUGCAAGACGGCGAUGCUGCGGACAAGGAGACUCCCCUGGUUCUCCGGAACAAAGUACCGAGGUGGCACGAGCAGCUGCAGUGCUGGUGCCUCAACUUCCGUGGCCGUGUCACGGUGGCUUCAGUCAAGAACUUCCAGUUGAUAGCGGGGGCGCCACUGCCAGCUCCAGUAGCAUCUUCUGAGCCCUCGCAGCCAGCGCCAGCGCAGCAGCCUGCACAGCCCCAGCCCUCCAGUUCGUCUUCAUCGUCCAGCCACGACACGGUGCUCCUGCAAUUCGGCAAGGUUUCCAAGGACACCUUCACCAUGGAUUACCGGUACCCGCUGUCGGCCUUCCAGGCCUUCGCCAUCUGCUUAACCAGCUUCGACACCAAGCUGGCAUGUGAAUAGAGAUCCCAGUAGAAUAGCAACCAUCCAGAAUCGUCCUCUAUGUUGAGAACCUGAGCCUGAACCUGAGAAUGUAUGCAUCAAAGUACAGGAGGCAAUUCUCUGUCUGUGCAGGUGCACCUGCUGUUGAUUCAGUCCAAUCCCUGGCCUCGUGUGAUUGUUGUUAAAGCCAUUAAAAAUACAAAGGGCUGAAGUGAAGAUGUCUGUAAUUAAGAGACAAAAAUGAGAAAGCUUUCCAAGCAUGUGAUUUCUACGCUUGUAGUGUGUAUGUUGUUGAACUAUUCCUUCCACAGGUUCCAGCCAGAUAGAAACAAAGCAUUCUUGCUUUUCCAUGGUUGAGUUGUCUGUAUCUGAACCACCUCUCAGCAUUUCUAUUCAUAUUUAUGCCCA